AUGAAAACAAUAAUCAAUUCUACUGUUAAAGUUGACCCUUUUUAUAGAAAAGAUAGUAAAGAUGCUCAAAAAUGGAUUGAAAUAUUCUUAAGGGCAAAAGAUGUUAAUAGAUGGUUAGACAAUAGAAGAGUAACAAUCGCAACAGGAAUGCUAAAAGAAGAAGUAGCUGAUUAA